GCAGGGGGCGGGGUGGGAAGAUGGCGGCGCCCAGCAGCCGGUGAGGAGAGGACACGGGGAUCCCGGGGAGCGGCCAGACUCGUGCAUUAUGGCCGCAUCCCCCCACACUCUCUCCUCACGCCUCCUGACAGGUUGGGUAGGAGGAUACGUCUGGUAUCUAGAAAGAAAAGUUGUGCUGGAAUCCCCUCGCAAGUUUAUGCAUCUUUUCAGGAACGUCAGUAAGCAGCGGAUAACGUUUCAGCACUUUAGUUUCCUCAGGCGCAUGUAUGUCACACAGCUGAACAGAAGCCUCAACCAGCAAGUCAAACCUAAGUCAGAACCUGUGGUAUCUCCUUUCUUUGAAAAAGCAUCUUCGGGUCAAGACAAAACAGAAAUAUAUGAGAUGAGACCUCUUUCAUCCCCCAGCCUACCUUUGUCCAGAAAACCAAAUGAAAAGGAAUUGCUAAAACUAGAAUCUGCCUCAAUAAUUGAAGACCCAAUAGAAGUAGGAAAAGAGACAAAAGAUGGAAAGCAAUGGAAAGAGAUGAAGCUGCAGAUGGAGGAUUUGCCAGGAAUUUUGGCUCGACUCUCCAAAAUCAAGCUCACAGCUCUUGUCGUGGGCACCACCUCAGCUGGGUUUGCGCUGGCCCCAGGACCUUUUGACCUGCCCUGUUUCCUGCUUACUUUUGUCGGAACAGGCCUCGCCUCCUGUGCUGCCAACUCCAUCAACCAGUUUUUCGAGGUGCCUUUUGAUUCAAACAUGAGUAGGACAAAGAACAGACCUCUGGUUCGUGGACAGAUCAGCCCGCUGCUGGCCAUGUCCUUUGCCGCUUGCUGCGCUGUCCCGGGAGUGGCCCUGCUGACCUGGGGGGUGAAUCCACUCACGGGGGCCCUGGGGGCCUUCAACAUCUUCCUGUACACCUGCUGCUACACUCCGCUGAAGAGGGUCAGCAUCGCCAACACAUGGGUCGGGGCCAUCGUGGGGGCCAUCCCGCCCGCCAUGGGCUGGACCGCAGCGACGGGCAGCCUCGGUGCCGGGGCCGUGCUCCUGGCGGGGAUCCUCUACUCCUGGCAGUUCCCGCACUUCAACGCGCUGAGCUGGGGCCUGCGCGAGGACUACUCCCGCGGCGGCUACCGCAUGAUGGCCGUCACGCACCCCGGCCUGUGCCGGCGCGUCGCGCUGCGCCACUGCCUGGCCCUGGGCGCGCUGUCGGCGGCCGCGCCGCUGCUGGGCGUCACCACCUGGGCCUUCCCGCUGGUCGCGCUCCCGCCCAACCUGCACCUCGCCUACCUCGGCCUCCGCUUCUACCGCGACGCCGACCGCAGGAGCUCCCGCAGGCUCUUCUUCUGCAGCCUCUGGCACCUGCCGCUGCUGCUGCUGCUCAUGCUGACCUGCAAGCGGCGCGGCGGGGCGGCCGGCGACCAGGGGUCGUCCCCGGGCUGAGCCCCCGGCCCGGCCCGCGGGGAGGAGGACAGAAGCAAAACACGCAGGAGACAUAUAUUUAUGUAUUUUUUGUUUCUUUGCUGUUAGGCAAGAAUACUGUGGUAAUUCUGGAGUGGGAGAAGGGAAACCGCUGGUGAAACAAGACUGCAAAAUAAUUUGGUGCUCAGUAAUCACUUGGCAAAUUUUUUUUUAAUAAUCAUAUCCAAAAUGCUCCCCAGAUAAGGGUUUGCUCCGUUGAUUAAUAAGAAGACAAUUUUCUCCUUGAAGGCCUCCCUCCAUCUCUCCUCCGUGCAGAUGUGCAUGUGCAUACUUGACCUCCCACCAUACCCAGUGCCAGCCAGAGCCCUGCUUGGUGGCCACACAGGGUGGGCACUUGUCAUCUGAUGGCCUUAGUUCUCUGGUCCCAAAUCUCCACCAGACUUCGAUGACUCCCCUCACACCCUGCCGGCCGCAGCCCCCUUCCCUGGGCACCAGCCAGGCUCCCCACCCGGCUUUCUCUGCCCACCACACAGUCCCCCAGCCGGUGACAGCAAACCAGAGCAGGCAUCGGGGGAGAAUGCCAAACGGUUGUCGGGGGAACCUCGGGCUGGCCCCUGCCCCACCACAUGUCAGCAUUUCUCAAGCUCAGGGGAAUCAAAGGCAUUUUUAUGGCUCACUUUAAAAUACAGUAGAUGUCUGCAGCAUUUCUUUCUGGAAGGGUAGCUCUCAACCAUCCCCUGACCCUGUUACUUACCUCUUCAGUUGCUAGCCUCCGCUGCACAGCUCUCUCCAGCCAUGUGGGAUGGGAAGUCGGGAAGCAGCCAGCUCACCAGCCCACAGAGCUCUCAUUUCCAUCCCGGUAUCCCCGCAAUUCAGAAAUUAGCCUCCACACAUUCAAAGGACUUUACCAGCCCAGCUGGGCUCCCCCAUGGGGGUGGUUUCAGUUCAGGUGGUUUUGUGAGGGCUGCGUGGCCAGGUGUGGCCUGGGAGGGGUUCCACACACAGCACCCAUGGUUCCAGCCACCCCUCACCUCCGUCCACAUCUCUGACAGUUCCGUUCUCCCAAAGGCCUUGCAGCGUGGCGGGAUGUUUUCGUUAUUCACUCUCCAGUGGCACAGCUGCCCUGUGCAAAUCCAUUCCAGAGCUUUAAGCACCACUUAAACAUCCCAUGCAAUUUACCUGUUUUCUCAAACCUUUCUAAAGUGGUUGCAGAGAGCAUCUGAUUCCUAUUUCUACUUACCUAAAAUAUUACCUCCUGGCUGUAUCCAGGUUAUUUACCAUGGGGAAUGUGGCAUAGGAAUGUCUGGAAAGAAAAUCUGCAACUUGUUGCCACUAUCAAAUUUAUAAAAUGCACUGAUUUUCUUUUCCUUCUGCAAUAAAAUACUAUAUAAGAACAGGAGUGUAUGGUGUGAUUUUAUUUAAGUAGAAAUCAUUCUGUGCCAAGU